CCGAAGAAGUCCAGCCCGGGCCGGGGCCCCGCACUUUCUGUUCGGAGGGCGCUGCGGCAGGUUCACACCGGAGUCACUUCAGGGUUCCUCCCGAUAAACCCGCUUCACAGUCACGGUGCGACAUCUCGCUACCCGCUCUAACCACAGCAAACACAGGACUGUUUCAGGCCGGACCAUGAGAGUCUCCGUGCUCAUGACGAUGGGGCUGGUGGCCCUGCUCGGGAACGGUCGGUUCUUUGCAGCUGGAGACAACAGGGACGGGCCCAGUGCCUUGGAGGAGGAACUGGACCAUCUGUUUGAGGAACUGGACGGGCCCAGCGCCUUGGAGGAGGAACUGGACGGGUCCAGCACCUUGGAGGAGGAACUGGACGGGUCCAGCACCUUGGAGGAGGAACUGGACGGGUCCAGCACCUUGGAGGAGGAACUGGACAGGCCCAGUGUCUUGGAGGAGGAACUGGGCGGGUCCAGCACCUUGGAGGAGGAACUGGACCAUCUGUUGGAGGAACUGGUUGUCGUCCAGAGGGAGGUGGAGUCGAAAGUGAUUGGUUCGUCGGCAGUUGGAGACAACCGCGACACCUUAGACGAUGAACUGGAUAAUGACGCUAUCGUCCAGAGGGAGUUGGAGUUGAAAGACGAUGACAUCAAAAAGGGGGCGGAUGGUGAUGACAUGUCCCGACUACCCGCCUCAGCUCUGCACGUGCGAGGUGAGAACCCUUGGGGAUACCCGGACUCCUGGAUUAAGAAUGUCCACGCGUCCCAGCCCUACGGGGGAAACGGCGGGGAACCUUUCAGCGACCGGAGUUACGAGCGGGACCGAAUCGCCAAGAUCAGCGUGUGGACCGGGAAUCCGGACUUUAUUCAUGCUAUCCAAGUGACGUACGGAAGCCACACUGCCCCAAAGCAUGGUGGGAACGGUGGGACCAGGCAUGACUUCGACUUACAUCAUGAAACGAUAACUGAAGUGAGACUCCGGGUCGGAUGGCACGUGGAUCGCAUCGGGUUUAAAACCAACCGCGGGCGUGAUCUGGGGGCGGUAGGGGGCAUGGGUGGGAAAUAUUACGUCGACUCACAUGGCUGGGUGGAUACCUAUUGGACAUAUAACAUGUGCUAUCUGGUUAGCAUAGAGGGAAGGGCAGGUGCGUACGUGGAUCAGCUGACGUUCUUCUGGAAAUGUUAGGGAGGACGGAGCUUUGGUGCAGGACUGCAGACCACCUUAAAUCUCAGCGACAAAUAAUUGUUAAAAGAAAAUGUCAAACAAAGUCAAUCUAAAAUGCAAAAUCAAGACGAGGGUAAUGCAUUGUCCUGGUAAGAGAAGAAAUCAAUUAAAAGCAGUCCCGCACCGAUACUCCGUUCUGAUCUGUAAGCCUGACUUCCUGGCGUGACGUCAUAGCACGCACAUGCUCCUGUACAAAACUUCUCCGCUCGCUUUGGGCGCAGGUAGGGCUGAGUGCUUUCCUUGUCACCCAAAACAAACGGAGAAAGUAGAAAGUCAACUGCAACGCAGUGCUACUAACUUGUGAACUCGUCAUGAAAAUCGGACGGAAGGUAAUACCGGUGGACUGAGGUUCAGUUACUUAUAUCAGCACUGUAACUGGACACUAGUGAUACAGAGGACAUAUAUCAGCACUGAAACUAGACACUAGAGAUACAGAGGACAUAUAUCAUCACUGUAACUGGACACUAGUGAUAUAGAGGAGUAUGUUGCAACAGAAACUUUUUUUUUCUUAUUUUACUCAAGACUGCAGGGAUUAACUUAACAUAGUGACUCAAUGAUGGCGCCAGCCUGAUACUCUGUCAAGGUGUUGUGUUAUGGAAACUAGCUGCCAGGGUUUUGGGCAUCUGAAUGGUUGACUUUUUUUAGAACAAAUUCAUAUAUCUAACUGGGUUGAUUGGUUUUAUUUCAAGACUGUGUGACCAAUGUCUCAUUGGCUGCAAUAACAAUGAAUGAUCAGUCCGAACAAUGAUUUAGAUGCCCAUAAUCUAGUUGUUUCCUUUUCCUUCUUAAUUUAUCUAAUAUAUAUAUAUAUAUAUACCUUAUGUACGCAUUCUAGCAGCUAAACCAUGAUAUUAACAUGUAGCAAUCGGCCAACACAAGAUAAUUUAAUUUCUAUAACUGGA